AUGUCUCGCCAGCUCAUCUCCAGCGAAAAGUUCCCUACCAAGCCGCACAACUGCCCCGCGACUAAGGUUCCCGGUCUCGUUUUCUGUGCCGGCCAAACAGCCACCGGUGAGAUCAAGCAGGCGACUCGCACCGUCCUGCAGAACCUCAAGGAGGUCCUCGAGCUUUCUGGCUCCUCUCUCGAGCAAGUUGUCAAGUACAAUGUCUACCUAGCCGAUAUGAAGGACUUCGCGGCUAUGAACGAGGUUUACAUCGAUUUCCUCCCUCAGCCCAUGCCUUCUCGAUCCUGCCUCCAGGCCGUUCCCCCUGGAAACGGAACCGUCAUCGAGAUCGAGUGCAUUGCUCAGGCAUAA